AUGGCGCCCCCAAACACGCCUUUCGUCUACCUCCUCUGGCACCUCUACCUCGAGCCCAUCUUCGCCCUCGGCGGCACAUACCACCUCCACUGGGCGCCCGCCGAGUACUUCACCUUCAUGCCGUCCACAUCCGCGUACCACCCCGACUCGCAGAUCGCAUACGACCAGCUCGCAUCCGCAUACCUCUUCUUCGCCUUCACAGAGGGCGUGUUGAUGCGCGUUGAUGUUGUUACUAAUUCGCUGAAUGUGCUGCCGGUGCUUGUGAGGGCGGCGUAUUUGGUGGGGCUUGGUGUGCCUGGGGAGGGGGCGGAGAGUAGGAAGGAGAUUGAGGGUAGGAAGGCUCCGAAGAAGGCUUCGAGGAAGGCUUGA